UUGCGCGGCUUCCCCUUUCUCUAUCGCUCAGUAACCAUCUUCUCUCCGACCAAAAAGAGAUCCGUCUUCAGGAAGACAAGCAGUUAAGUCAUGGCUUUGGUUCUGCAUUCUGGCAUGCCAAACAAAAAUGCUUUCAAGGCCCUCAUUGCUGCAAAAUACAGCGGUGUAAAGAUUGAAGUUGUUAAGGAUUUUGAAAUGGGUGUCUCAAAUAAAACCCCUGAAUUUCUCAAAAUGAACCCGCUAGGAAAGGUUCCAGUGUUGGAGACGCCUGAGGGAUCUGUUUUUGAGAGCAAUACAAUUGCUCGAUAUGUUACUCGAUUAAAGGCUGAAAAUCCUCUCUAUGGUUCUUCACUGAUAGAAUAUGCUAAAAUUGAGCAAUGGAUUGACUUCUCAACGACUGAGAUUGAUUCAAAUAUUGCACGAUGGUUUUAUCCAAGACUGGGGUUUGUGCCUUAUGAAGCGCUGUCUGAGGAACGUGCUAUUGCUUCCUUGAAGAGGGCAUUAGGUGCUUUGAAUACUGAACUUGCUACGAAAACUUUCUUGGUUGGCCAUGCAAUUACAUUAGCUGAUAUCAUCAUGGCCUGCAACUUGGGUUAUGGAUUUUCUUUGGUCAUGACGAAGAAAUUUACAUCAGAAUUUCCUCAUGUUGAAAGAUAUUUUUGGACGCUGGUUAAUCAGCCUAAUUUCUACAAAGUUAUGGGCGAAAUAAAGCAGGUAGAAUCAAUCCCCCCUAUCCAAUCAAAAAAACCUUCUACUCAACCCAAGGAACCUGCGAAGGCAAAGGAGGCAAAGAAGGAAGUUAAGAAAGAAGUACCAAAGCCUAAAGUAGAAGAAAGUGUUGAAGAGGAGGAGGCACCCAAGCCCAAGCCUAAAAAUCCGUUGGACCUAUUACCUCCAAGUAAGAUGAUACUAGAUGAGUGGAAAAGGUUGUACUCCAAUACAAAGACUAAUUUCCGUGAAGUUGCCAUUAAAGGUUUCUGGGAAAUGUAUGACCCAGAAGGCUACUCCCUGUGGUUUUGCAACUACAAAUACAAUGAUGAGAACACAGUCUCCUUCGUGACCCUGAACAAGGUGAGUGGUUUUCUGCAACGAAUGGACCUCGCUCGCAAAUACGCCUUUGGUAAGAUGCUUGUGAUAGGAUCUGAGCCUCCAUAUAAAGUGAAAGGCCUGUGGCUCUUCAGAGGGAAGGAGCUUCCUCAGUUUGUUAUUGAUGAAUGCUAUGACAUGGAACUCUAUGACUGGACUAAAGUAGACAUAGCUGAUGAAGCUCAGAAGGAGAGAGUCAAUGCAAUGAUUGAAGACCAGGAGCCAUUUGAAGGGGAGGCCCUUUUGGAUGCUAAGUGCUUCAAGUAGAUCAUCUUCAAGAUUUGAACUUCUAAUACAAAUUCUUCAGUCAAUUAGAUUUUGACUUGUCCAGUUUUGCAGAGAUUGAAUAAGUUUUCCUCAUUUCUUCCCAUGUUGUCCUGCCUGGAAAGUAUGUUACUAGACCCAUUGAUUUGUACUGUUGUUUUAAUUGUUAAAUGCUUUGUACGCAUUGAUAUUCGUAUAUUUAAGCUUAUUUUGGAAUUAUAUUGCGUGUUUUUGAAA